CGGAAUUUCCUGCUUCAAAAGUUGCUUUGCGUAAUUUGGGAAGUUCCACUAGGGGGUAGAUAUUGGGUUUGACCCCUAAUGGCUUUAGAUGUAGCCAGUAGACCUUCAGUAUAUACAUUUCAUCAAUUAACUACCAGUCCAAAUCUAGUUUAGGAAGGUAUUAAAAUUCAAAAGGAGAUUCUCAUUAUAAAGUUUCUUUUAAUUAACUUCAGGUGGCUUUUAUCAAGAUGAAAUGGGUCAAGAAAGUUGUAAGAAUUGUAGCACGGGUACAUAUGUUCCAGAAUCGCGUCAUCCAGGAAAAUCUCCCACUGAUUGUCUCGCAUGUCCAUAUGGAACCCAAACUAAUCAGACAGCUGGUUACCGUGCUUGUAGAUGUCUUCAUAAUUUCUACCGCUUGGAUCGUUUCGGCCCUUGUAUGCUAUGCCCAGAUCAUGGAAUGAACUGUAGAAACGACACAGCGAUAUUGGCUACGGGCUACUUUUGGAAGUGGAACAACACGGAUAUAAUGGCAAAAUACUCGGAUUUUGUGACCAACACUCACAUCGCUACAGCUGAAUACGACAAGAACCUCAGUAUAUUUGAAGGAAUGUUGCCAAAGCCCCUCAAGUGCCCCUAUCCAGACUCCUGCAAAGGCGGAAUCAACUCCUCUUGUAACGCAGGAUAUCAAGGUACUCUUUGUGCAACGUGCUCUAACAGCCACUAUUUCCGAUUUAACAGCUGCUUGCAAUGUCCCAAUAUGUUAGUCACAAUCAUCUCGUGUAUGAUAAUAGCUGUCGUCUUCGUCCUUCUUUUUGCCUCGGUUCAUUGGGGAGACUCAAAACGUGCCCAACACGAUCGUACCGUUGCGGAUGUUAUCAUGUCUUGUGCCAAGAUCGUGAUUGGAUUUUAUCAGGUCCUUGCCGGUAUUUAUUCGUCAUUGACACGGGUCCAGUGGCCCGUUGCACUUGUCUCCAUGGAAAAAGUAUUGAAAGAAAUAUUGGUACUGGGAGAUAGUUGA